UUAUAUAGUUGCUUUGUAACCGUAACUUAAUAAAAUGUCUGUUUUGUUUUGAUUUCACACAGUUUUGUUUUAAAUGUCUGCAGUGAAAUUCAAUUCCUAUUAAUCCAGGUACCAUGGCUUCUGCAUACUUACCCAUUGAAACAGUGCUAAAGGUUGAUGAUAAUGAAUUUUUAUUGGAAGAUAGUGAGAAACCUAAACACCCAACUCUGAUAUCAUUUAAUUGUGUCUCGAUUGGUACCCAGUGUGAUUGGAAAUUUGAGCAACCUGAUAACAAAAAUUGUACAUUGUUGUCUGAAACUGAAAGACCUGAAACAGAAUUAGCUGUUAUGAGUUCAGACUCUCUUAUAAUCCCUGAUAAAAAUACUUGUGAUUCUUCAAUGGUUAUUAGAAGCUGGUCCGAACAUAGUGAUUCAAGUAUCUUAUCAGAUCAAAAAAUAUUUAUACCUGCUACAUUUUCCCAACAAUUUGCAUCACAUAUUCAUUCUGAUGAUGAAAAAUCAUUGCUUCAGCUAGAUUACAAAACUAGAAAUAAGUAUAAAACUAAGCAGAGACGACAAGACCCAUUCUAUCGCUCUCAAGAAAGAGUACGACAAAGAACUGUGAUGCGUUUAAAACGUCAAGAUCCUGGGUUUCGCGAAGCAGAAAGAGAAAAGGGGCGUUAUAGAAUGCGUUUGAAAAGACUGGACCCUAAAUUUCGUUCCCAAGAACGCGAGCGUCAACGUGAGAGAAUGAAAGCUAAACGAAGGGAUCCAGAGUUUCGUGAGAGAGAGAGAGAGCAACAAAAGACAAGAUUGCAUGUAAAGCGGUUAGAUCCGGCAUUCAAAGAAAAAGAAAGAGCUCAAGAUCGUCUUAGAAUGAGAUUAAAGCGUCAAAACAACAGUCUUUUUGCAAAUUUGCAUGCAGACGAUAUUAAAGUUAGCCAUGAAAGUGAUUUAAGUGUAACUUCUGACAAGAUGCUAAAGGACAUGUGCAAAUCUGAGGAUUCUCGGGAAGAGUUUCAAAAUCAAACUGUUUUUCCUGAAAAUUUCAGUGCUAAAUUAUUGUCCUUAAAAUCACAAGAAUCUGUUAUUGAAACUUUUCACUUCAAAAAACAACAAAUUUUGAAUUUUAAUUUUUAUAACACAAACAAAGAACAAUGGCUUCAAGAAAUGUGUUCUCGAGCUGUGGCUCAAACCAGUGAUAUUAGUGAGAGUGAUACGUUACAAUCUGCUUCAGUGGCUGAAGUAAACAGUGAUAUGAUGCAAAAAUUGCCGCUGAUUAAAAAGAAGGAUCUGAAAGAUGAAAGCAGCUCUGAAUCUUUAGAAAAGAUUAAAUCUAGUGAACUGUCCUUGUCAGACUUACAAAAAUACACUAAUUCAAGCCAUAUCACUGUGUCAACAGAUAAAUAUUCAUCAACAAAUACAGAAAACUGAGAAGUAUCAUAUGGCCAGAUAUGUAUAAGAACUGUUGUGUGAUGUUCCUAAUAACUUCCUAUUUAGAGUGCAUCUUGUCGUUUGCUUAUUUGUCAUUGCAUCUUGUUGUUACUCAAACUUUUUGUUAAAUAUAUUGUAAAAUUGUCUUUUAUUUAUUUCAUCAUUAAACUUUUUCACUUUA